UUUAAGCUGUGCAAAGUUCGAGCAUGGCGCAAGGCGUGUCGUAAAUCUUGUAGACUUUGACAUUUGAAGUCGUGUGAAGUUGUGUAGGUCAGUUGAUAACGGUUGAUAGUAGUGGUUGGGAGUCGUAUGGUCGGCAAGGAAGGCUAAUACGGGUUUCUAGAGAAAUGUCAGUUGAGACUCAUUAAAUACUCCGCACCCUUAGUUAUUAAAAUCGUUAAUGAUAUAGACAGCAGCUAAUAUUAUGCAGGUUCAUUUAACUGCAUGAAGAUUUAUUUGUACUGAGGUGUUUGUAUAGAGAAACCGCAACCUUAUCUUGCAGGUGACAGCUGCUGUAGAUAAUAGUGAACGUACGUAACAUGGAACCAACUGUCCAACAAGUAGAAGAUUUGAGAACAAGAUUUCUUCAGAAGCUUGAAAAUGAAGGUACUUCUGAUCCAGAAGGGUUUCAUCCUGUUGACCUAGCUCGAGUGAAGAACAGUGAUGACUGGUUGAAGCGAUUUCUUUUGCACUCAGAAUUGGAUAUGCAACUUGCAUUACAAUUGCUUUGGGACACUUGUGAAUGGCGGAAGAAGUUUGGGACCAAUGAAAUCAGUGAGAAUAAUGUAAAGAUAGAAUAUCUACAAGAUGGCAGCUUGUUCGCUCAUAAUAAAGAUAAAGAUGGAAAGUUUCUUCUCAUAUUUAAAUCUAAGAAACACGUGAAAGGUCAGCGAGAUAUGGAAGAACUGAAGAGAUGUGUUGUAUAUUGGUUCGAAAGGCUGGAGAGGCUAGGUAAUGGUAAUCAGAUCAGCAUCUUCUUUGAUAUGGCUGAUAGCGGAAUGUCAAAUAUGGAUAUGGAAUUUAUCAAGUAUCUGAUUAGCUUGUUUAAGAUGUAUUAUCCUGAUUUCCUUAAUUACAUUCUGGUAUUUGAGAUGCCAUGGAUUUUGAAUGCUGCCUUCAAAAUUAUAAAAUCUUGGCUACCAGCAAAGGCAGUUCAAAAAAUCAAAUUUGUAAAUAAAUCGAACCUGAAGGAGUAUGUUGACCCUGAUCAAGCCCUGAAGUGCUGGGGAGGCCUUGAUGAUUACAUAUUUACAUUUGUUCCUGAGCAACGAUCAACAGUGCCAAAUGAUAGAUUUGAUGAUAGCAAGAAAAAGGUUCACUUUGCUGAUGGAUCACCAUCAGUAGAACCAUAUCCUAGUAGUUUUGGUGAGGCAGCAACCAGGAGUGAUGGAUCAGCUUUACAAAAUUCAUCCCUAAUCAUCCAUCCACCUGAUGUUAUCUGCUUUAGCCAAAAAUAUGAUGAAUUGACUGGAACUGUUACACUGACCAAUAAUGGUGACAAAAUAAUAUCGUACAAGAUCAAAACCACAUCUCCAGAAAAGUUCAGAGUGCGUCCUAGCACUGGUAUAUUGGUUCCAGCAGCAUCUGUCACUAUCAGCGUUGUGCUUCAGCCAGACUUUCAGAUCCCUGCUCUCUCAAGAGACAAGUUCCUUGUUAUGAACUUCCCUGUUGACUCAGCAGAUAUGACUACACAGGAAUUAGCAGAGAUCUGGAAGCAAACUUCAGGGAAAGCAGUAGAACAGCGCCGUUUAAGGUGCAGUCUUAGUGCACCAGGUGUUAUUAAAAAUGGCAAUGUGUGUGGAUCUGCCAACUCUGUGGAUGCAGACCAUCAGGUAGCACAACUGAUUUCGGAAGUGUCACGGUUGACAGAGUGCCAGUCUAAACUUCACCUUGAGAUACGGCGAACACAGAAAUUACAGUGGCUGACAAUCAUAAUAACAUUACUUGUUGGUGUAGUUUUAAUACACUUUUUCACUGAAGACUCCCACGAUUUCAGUGGACAUGUGUGCUUCCCAGAAGAAUGACUAAACACAGUUAAUAGAUAAAGAUAAUAUUGUUCUUGCAGGAACUCUCUUUACAGCCAUGUUAGUUGUAAUGGCUUAUGCUUUUACUGGCAGUGUCAGCUCUCUGUAUUAGACUUCAGAAUUUCUAAAUCAUGGCCUGGAAGAGACUUAUUGAUCAUUCAGUCCAAAGGGGCUGAAUUAAUAAGAAACUGCAACACUAAAUAAGGCCUACACUAUGCUGACACUACAGUGGAAUAUAACACACAUCACCUGAUAUUAAAAUCUUUUGUUAUCUAUUUAUAUUGUUGAUACUUAAUGACUUGUUCAUAAGACCAGCGUGUUUCCUCUGUAAUAAAAAUAUAAAUGUUUGCUACUAUUACUAUUUUUAUAUACUAAUAUGAAUUUCUAUCUUCCAUCUUUGUUGAAUAGUGUGUGUGAACUUCCAUUUCUGUGAUGACAGAUUAGUUCUGUAAUUCAGAUUAUGUUGUAUUUUGAUGUUUGGUAUAUUUAUUUCGAAUUAUGUCAGGAAGCAUCAUGAAUUAUUCCAUUCAGAGCUUCAUAAAACUUCAUUUUACAAGUGUGUUUUUGUAAAUAAUAAAAAGAAUUGUAGUAGUAACUGAAAUGGGAAAUAAUACGAAGUUGGAAAACACAAAAUUGUAAAGGAAUCUUGUUGGGUGAUAUGAUAUUAUCUUGCAAACUCUGGUUCUGUAAUGAUAUAAUUAAUUCAUGGGAUUAGUUAUACUCUUAUAGAAGUAAACUUUGUGAGACAGUAUACAUGAAUCCUUUACAGUUGUAAAUGAAAGCUUUACACUUUGUGCAAUAAACAGUAAAUAACCAAGUACCUACUCAAAAUAAUUUAUACUGUAAAUAAAUGAACAGUUAAUUGCCUGUAGAUUUCCAGUUUUUUCUUUCAAUGAAACAUAAUGCUAUACAAUUUGUUCUAAUGUUGCAGACUGUUAAUAUGUUAACAGGAUAAAAUCCUGAAUAAAAAUCAAAGCAAUUUUAAUACAUUUGUUAACAUUCCAAAAUUAAUGACUGUAGAUAUUGUAGUCUAUUUUGGCUCAAAUAUUGAAUUUAUUAUUUUAUCUUAAGUGAAAGGGGACAAAUAAUUGCUGUUAUAUGAUAUGUAAAAUGGAUAAACGGGUAUGAAUUACUGACUAAAAAUAAUGAACACAAGGAAUAUAAAAUAUGGUAACCAAUGUUCAACCUAAAAUCUCCUUGAACACUCUUAUAAGCAACAAUGAGUUGGUCAUAAUUUGCCAGUUUGAAAAUGCUCUGAGGUUGUGAGGAGAUUGCAGUAUUAUUUUAGGUAUCAUUUCAUAAAUUAAUUGCUGAGAAUAAAAUAAAAUGGGGUUAAUGUAUUCCAGUCCACUAUUGAUAUCUUACAGGGGCAGAUUACUCUCAUUAUAUAAGGGUGCAAAAUGUAAAGGCUUGUAUGAACUAAUCCUUAAGUAAGCAUAAAUAAUUUAAUCUUAACAGAAUGUCUUUGGACUCUAAGGAGUGAAAGUAUAUUUCAGUGUCCAUGUGUGACAUCCAAAAUCAAUUUGUGUGAUGCAUUAUGGAAUUCCUCAACCUUCAGAUAAAAGCUUCAAAACUGUUUAUUAAUAACUUAAGCCCAAGGCUUGAAAUGAGUGCUCAUGUUUGUAAAUGUUGAAAUAUAUGCUAUUACAUGUGAAGAUGAAAAGUAAAAAUCAUUUGGAAGUUGUGCUCAAUUUCGCAGCUACAGGCACCAAGACUGCAGUUUAAAUUGAAUUUACUUGAAUACAUAAUGCUUCAUGCGGACACUGGUUAAUAGAAUGUACAUUUUUAAUGUUAAGAAGCCUAUGGCCAGUUUUCAUGCAUUUUGUAUACAACCGGAUGUCAUGUUAAGAGCUCAGAAGAUUUGUGAUUUUUGAGAUUCAGAUUUUUUUUUCAUAAAAUAGUCCCCGUGUAGGCCUACUGUAAAAUGAAAUUACAAAAACAUUUAUGUAAUAUGUGCAAUAUUGUAUUUUUAAGUUGACAUUAAAGGUUAUUAAGUGUGA